GAUGGAGCUCGGCGGCCCAGCACGAGAGCAUGGAAACAGCUGACUGCUGACUCAGAGGGAAAGCAAGCCACCCACGAAUCUCAUUGCAGCUCGCUGCUGCAUCCCUAUCCCAUAAUCCCUUGCCUGGUUUGCUGCAGUCUUUUCAACAGACGCUCAGUGAGAAAAAGAUGUCCUGCAAGAUCAAGAUUGAUUGGUUUGCAUACGAAAGGGGGUCUUCCACUUGUUAAUGACCCAGAAACAUUCCUGCCGACUUUCCAGCCUUCUCGCCUCUCCUCCAUUUUUCUCUUCCUCUGUUCUGUGCGUGAACUGGCACAUCUUAGAGCAGAAGAUAUGCUGGGCUUCUGAUGAUGGCUGCACUGCAUGGUAGGGGAUUUUAACCAGUCUGCUUGCAUGGUGCUUGUCAACUCGAGGUGUUAGCUGACAUGUGCAUUGUUCUUUUGGAGUGCCGCGUAGCUGCAGCGACAGAUUUGGGAGGAUUUCAUUCUCUGCCUCGUUGUUUAGUCUGUUCGUCUUCAGAAAUGGCAGCGUGCAGGGUCAAAGACAGCCGGCCCCCCAUGUCAGUGGUCUAGGAUGGCCAGUGAAGGCGCCAACAUCCCAAGUCCUGUGGUGCGCCAGAUUGACAAGCAGUUUCUGAUUUGCAGUAUAUGCCUGGAACGGUACAAGAAUCCCAAGGUUCUCCCCUGUCUGCACACUUUCUGCGAGAGGUGCCUGCAGAACUAUAUACCUGCCCACAGUUUAACCCUCUCCUGCCCAGUGUGCCGUCAGACCUCCAUCCUGCCCGAGAAAGGGGUGGCUGCGCUCCAGAACAACUUCUUCAUCACGAACCUGAUGGACGUGCUGCAGCGAACGCCAGGCAGCAACGUUGAGGACUCUUCCAUCCUGGAGACGGUCACCGCGGUGGCUGCAGGAAAGCCCCUCUCUUGCCCAAACCAUGAUGGGAAUGUGAUGGAAUUUUACUGCCAGUCCUGUGAGACCGCCAUGUGUCGGGAGUGCACGGAGGGGGAGCACGCGGAGCACCCCACUGUCCCCCUCAAGGACGUGGUGGAGCAGCACAAGGCCUCGCUCCAGGUCCAGCUGGAUGCUGUCAACAAAAGGCUCCCAGAAAUAGAUUCUGCUCUUCAGUUCAUCUCAGAAAUCAUCCAUCAGUUAACCAACCAAAAGGCCAGCAUCGUGGACGACAUCCAUUCCACCUUUGACGAGCUCCAGAAGACGUUAAAUGUGCGCAAGAGUGUGCUUCUCAUGGAACUGGAAGUCAACUAUGGCCUCAAACACAAAGUCCUGCAGUCGCAGCUGGACACGCUGCUCCAGGGCCAGGAGAGCAUCAAGAGCUGCAGCAACUUCACGGCGCAGGCCCUCAACCAUGGCACGGAGACUGAGGUGCUGCUGGUGAAGAAGCAGAUGAGCGAGAAGCUGAACGAGCUGGCCGACCAGGACUUCCCCCUCCACCCGAGGGAGAACGACCAGCUGGACUUCAUCGUGGAGACCGAGGGCUUGAAGAAGUCCAUCCACAACCUCGGGACCAUUCUUACCACCAACGCCGUGGCCUCGGAGACGGUGGCCACCGGUGAGGGGCUGCGGCAGACUAUCAUCGGGCAGCCCAUGUCGGUCACCAUCACCACCAAGGAUAAGGACGGCGAGCUGUGCAAGACCGGCAACGCCUACAUCACCGCGGAGCUCAGCACCCCCGACGGCAGCGUGGCGGACGGGGAGAUCCUAGACAACAAAAACGGCACCUAUGAGUUUCUGUACACGGUCCAGAAGGAAGGGGACUUCACCCUCUCCCUGAGGCUCUACGACCAGCACAUCCGCGGCAGCCCCUUCAAGCUGAAAGUGAUCCGGUCCGCCGAUGUGUCUCCCACCACCGAAGGUGUCAAGAGGCGUGUGAAGUCCCCUGGCAGUGGCCACGUCAAGCAGAAAGCUGUGAAAAGACCCGCCAGCAUGUACAGCACUGGGAAACGAAAAGAGAACCCCAUCGAAGACGACCUGAUCUUCCGAGUGGGCACCAAAGGAAGAAAUAAAGGAGAGUUUACAAAUCUUCAGGGAGUGGCUGCAUCAACCAGUGGAAAGAUACUGAUUGCAGACAGUAACAACCAGUGUGUGCAGAUAUUUUCCAAUGACGGCCAGUUCAAAAGUCGUUUUGGCAUACGAGGACGCUCUCCAGGGCAGCUCCAGCGACCCACAGGAGUUGCGGUCCAUCCCAGCGGGGACAUCAUCAUUGCAGAUUAUGAUAAUAAAUGGGUUAGCAUCUUCUCAUCAGAUGGGAAAUUUAAGACAAAAAUUGGAUCAGGAAAGCUGAUGGGGCCCAAAGGAGUUUCUGUGGACCGCAACGGACACAUUAUUGUGGUGGACAACAAGGCGUGCUGUGUGUUUAUCUUCCAGCCAAAUGGGAAAAUAGUCACCAGGUUUGGUAGCCGAGGAAAUGGCGACAGGCAGUUUGCAGGUCCUCAUUUUGCAGCUGUGAAUAGCAAUAAUGAGAUUAUUGUCACGGAUUUCCAUAAUCAUUCUGUCAAGGUGUUUAAUCAGGAAGGAGAAUUCAUGUUGAAGUUUGGCUCAAAUGGAGAAGGAAACGGGCAGUUUAAUGCUCCAACAGGUGUAGCUGUGGAUGCAAAUGGAAACAUCAUUGUGGCCGACUGGGGAAACAGCAGGAUCCAGGUUUUUGAUGGGAGUGGCUCGUUUUUGUCCUAUAUUAACACAUCUGCUGACCCACUCUACGGCCCCCAAGGCCUGGCCCUAACUUCAGAUGGCCAUGUUGUGGUUGCAGACUCUGGAAAUCACUGUUUCAAGGUCUAUCGAUACUUACAGUAAUGGGCAGCUGGACACCCCCUUAUUAGAGGUCUUGCACUGUAAACUGGAAUGGAUUGCUCAACGCGGGACCAGAUUAUGACUAGACUUUUUAUGCCAGAAGGAAUCAUUGAUGAACUUUCCAAGGUUAUUUCUGAAUGUAACAAUUUCCUUAAAAACUGCUUAUCCAAUUUCCAUAAUUCACAUUUAGGGUUUUAAAAAACCCUCUUCUACUGAAUCUAUAAAAACUGCAAAAUUUUACAUUCGUGAACUAUGGCUGAAAGGACAGGACUUAUGUAGUUAAACUAAUCUUGCAAAUCAAACACUUAAAAAAAUGGAAUACGUAAGGUAUUUGUUAAUCCUAUAAGUGGUAGCUUUUGCGCAGAGCUUCCAAAAACAAAACAAAACAAAAUCUGUUGUAGUUAUAUACUUUGUUGAACCUAGGUCACAAGACCCAGGGGAUCUUCUAACCUCACUUUUACAGUAGAUGUUACUCUUGUGACAUAUUUUUGGUUAUCAACAACUGCAUAUAAAUUACUUUAGAAGAAGUAAGGCUGUCUUGCAAAAUCCGAGCUCUGAUUAGCAGGCCUGUUGAGUUCAGCACUUAAGAACCAAUACAAAUUUUCCAACCCUUCUUGGUUAGACAAAGAUCCUUUUUUGUGUGUUCCUUUUACCUCCUCUCUCCUGCUCACCUAGUAUCAAAAAACAAGUACAUCUUCAGGGAAACCUGAAAUUCCUAAGGCUUUGAAAAGCAUAUUACAAAAGGAAUGCUACCUUUUGGUAAACAAACUGCCCCUUUGACUCCAGGUUAAUGCACUGGAAUGUAAUCAAGAAAACGUCAGUCAUGUUGUAUGUGCCGUGUUUUCACACACAUCUCUCCUCUUCCACUUCAUGAAAGUGAAAGCUUUACCUCCUGCAAAAUGUCAGCACAUGUAGUAGGACACCAGUAUCCUAGGACAGAGAGCCAUAAGUAGCCCUUUGGAGGACUGAUGGUGUCAACCAAAGGCAUGUGAUUGAUUAAUGAUUUCCCCGUAGAAAGCAAGUGUUACCAAAGUUGUGUUAUCUCGAAAGCAUUCCAGGUAAGGGCAUGUUAUGGUUAUUUAUCAUUGUUUAAUGACUAGUAGAGGUGUCAAGGGACUAUGUAUACAUGAUUAGGGUAAGAUAGAGUGUAUUAUAUAUAUAUAUAUAUAAAUAUAUAUAUAGCUGAGUCUUUGGUGUAUUGAAAUAGGCAGCACUCCAGAAGACAGAAGCUUCGUCCAGCCAUUCUUCAGCACAUUCCUCUACCAAGCAGUUUAAAGCCGUCCUCAUGGAGCAAGCCCUAAAGCAGAUUUCAUUUUUGCCAUUUUCCAGGAAUGAUGGUGGUGACUGACUUUUAGUCAGAAAAUGGCCUUCUGUACUUCCAAAAAAAAAAAAAAAACAGGUCAAAAGAAAAGUUGAACUUGAGUUACAUUUAACUUAAACUAAAUAUUAAUGCAUUUUAAGAAAUGUGAAGUACAAUGUAGUUAAUCAAUCAUGAGUACUGUAAAGUAGGAUGUGGUCUGUUUCCACAGUUUAAUUUUCUACUCAGUUCUACCAAAUAGGAUGUCAUGUCUGGCAUUUUCGAUAGUGACUUUGGGAUCUUCUUCACUGGAAGCACCUUAGAAUUAUAAGAAAACAUUUCCCAUAUGUUUGAUUAUAUGAAUGUGAUGUUUAUUGCUUAUUAAUUUGUAAUUCAGUCAUUCUUUAUAUAGGGCUUUUUAAAACGUAGAAGGGAAAUCUAGCCACUUCCAAUUGUCUAUUAAAUUUAUUAUGCCCAAAUCAAUCUCUGAAAAAAAGGUUUUUCAAAAAGAUUUUCAUUUAGGUUUAGUAUUUUUUUAGCAGGGUAGUGUUUUAAAAAUAUUUGAGUCUGUCUGUGAUAAAGUUAUAAACUUCAAUAACUUUUUAGACUGUUAAAUGAUACUUUCUUAACAUCACUGAAUGACAUCUUUGAAUUUAAACAUUCAUAUUUCUGAGUAUCUGCUAGGUGCCACAUACUCUUCUAGGCACUGGGAAUAUAGACAUGGACAAAACAGACAAAAAUCCCUGCCCCUUGGAGCUUAGGGAGGGAAUUUCAGUUUACCGUUUACUAACAUCCUGCAUAAAAGAUAGACUAGACUCUUCAUAGUCCCUGGAUUUUUAAAAGACAACUUUUUAAAAGUGGUUAAUUGUAAUUUCCUAUUUUCACAAGUAAAAAUGGCUUCCUAUUUAGACUCUGUCACAGGCUGUAGAUCUUAAAACUGGAUGACUUAAAGAGGUUUUUAUUUCGCACAACAUUUAAAUCAUAUUUGUUAACUUAGAAAUUAACAUAUAAUCUAACCUGCCAUAGUAUCAUAUCGUAUAUCAGGCUAGAUAUCUCAAUAGGAGACUGAAUACAAAGCUAAUUUUUUAACAUAUUGGCACAUACUGGAGUUGAUUCCGACCUGUUCCACUAUCGGCUACUAAAACACAUGCUAUGGGCCCUCCAGGAAACACUGUUUUUCUCAAAAAAUAUGUUAAAGUAUAGAUAACAUUUCACACUGGGAUACUUCUGUCCAUUUACUGUUUUUCUUGGUGAGCAUAUUUUGGGGGGAACGUGCUGCUGAUAAGCUACAGAUAAGAUUUAAGUGAAAUUUUGUCUCAUUCUAUGGAAAAUGGUUUCUGGUAAACUGAGAAGGAUAUUAAAAUAAGUGACUUUUUUCCUGGGCUACCAUUAUCGUUUGAUUUCUCUUUAAGUGUAUAGAAUCUGUCAUACAUUCAUGAUAAGUAGCACUGAAAAAUGACCCAUUCAAAUUUCCCCUGGGCACUUACGGCAACACAUUGCCAGUUAGGAUUUCAAGGUCAGUGAUGACACAUUCCCUCCCAAUAUAGACCCCCCCUUUGCUGGACAUGGGGUGGGGCACAGAGUCACUUGACCAGAGUCCAGAAACACAUGAAUGCAAGGCCUUUAUGACUGUUUGCCGUGUUUUAAUGGAACUUAGUAUUUUGAUGAAACUUGAGUCUCCAGAACUAAUCAAGUCCCCAAGUUUCCUUCUUUUAAUUUACUCUGACUAGAUUUGAGGCAAACGGAUACUCCGGAUCCAUGCAACUAGAACACACUUGCUUCCACUACUAAAUAUACAGGGUAUGUCCCCACAAGCAGUUAACUGGAAUAGCAGUACACUAGCAAGUGGGUCCUCAACACUGCAGGGUUAACAUGAAUGCUUUGGUAAUACCUCCUGAGCUAAUUGGAACAAACAGCAAACAUCAGGUAAUCUGUGGAUAACUUCAAAUGGGAAAAAUCUUUUCAUACAUUUGGAUUCUGUAGUAUCCUCUCUAUCCACCACCUUCUGAAAAGAGAGGAGUGUUUUUAGUUUGAUAAUUUAAAAACAAGACGUUGUCAGGUAGGAGAAAAUGGAAGGCAUUUGAUGCAAAUGUUAUCGAAUAAUUUUGCUUGAAACCGAAAGUCAUAAUACUGUUGCUUUCUAUAAAUGUUGCAGGGUUUAAAACUUUACAAUUAUUUUUAAUAUUUUUGAUAACUAGGAAUCUAGUAUUGCCAUAAAGGAAACUAAGUGCCCAUUAAAGAUUUGUUUGGUAUAAAUUAAUAAUUUUUUGGUUUUGUUUUAAAUGACAGUAAGCUACAGAUCAUGAUGCUAUCUUAAAAACUUUCUAAAGAUGAAUUGUGUGGCAGUGAUUGUGUGGUCUGUUUGUGAGGAAUGUAUGAAAGCUAUUAAUUAAUAUCCUAGGGUAGAAUACUAAAUUGGCUAUGUUGUUACAAUGAAUGUACAGCACUUCCAUUAACUUUUGAAAGCAACACAGCCUUAAACUCAAUGCUUUUGCUUUAUGACAUGGGAAUGUUCUGUCAUCAAUGGAGUGUAUUCUUGUAAUAGAAUUCUUUAUAUCAUUCUUAGUUCUAUAUCUUUCAAUCCUGUGUAUAAGUAGAAAGAGAUUUUUUUUGCUUUUUCUUUGUAGAUUUUGUACAUUCCAUAUUUAUAGGUCUAUUUCAUACGUUUUGUGUAUAGAACACUAAGUCUUACGCUCUCUGACAUUGGUACUGAUAUUUUCUUGUCAUUGUUAUUUUAUGAAUCAAUAUGUUGACUGCCUAUUUAAGGAAAAGAAUGAACGCUGUGCAUCAAAGUGUUUGUAUGUUCGUAGCUACAUACGUACCACAGUAUUUUGGAUGCUUUAGUCUACAAUAAAACUUUAAAUUAAUUCUGUCUUGAAACAGGAGAAACAAGCUUCAUGUGUAUCUCUUUACCAUGCACAAAAUCUCAAAUCAUUAUAAUAAAGCUUGUUUCUCCAUUU